UUUUCAUUGUUGACCACAGAUAUGGAGUUCAUCUGGCUGUACACCUUGUGCCAGUGCACUCUAUCGGUCUCUGUGAUCGUCUUCAGCGUGAGGCUGUGCAUGGCGGUCAGCACCAGAACUGAAGGGACGCAGGCGGCCAGAGGUCAACUUGGGAGCGUCUCGUGCUGCCUUCGACUGUGCCUGGGCUACGUGGGGGCUGUAGGUGGGGCUUUAGGGGUCCCUGUGACCGUGCUACUCAACCUACGAACACCCCAGUGUCUGUACACCUGCAUAACCCUCGUGUGCUGCCCCUUGCUGAUCCGGCAGUUUACCAUGUUCUUGUUAAUGCUGCUGACGCUGGACGUCCACCUUCAGCACAAUUUGGCAGACAGAUACUCUUUGGUGGUGACCCGUCGGAGAGCUUUGUGUGCGGUCUUGUUGUGUUGGGUGGGGUCAGUCCUGUCCUCCUUUGCCCAGUUCAUAGGCACAGACAUCCUUCACACCUGGACAAAUGGCAGGACUGAUCCAGGCACAGAUGACCACGGGUUGGAUGGCAACUGGACAACCGCUUUGCCCCAUCACACCACAACACCGCUCCCAAAAUACCACAAGGACCGUAAGGUCAUUGCAAAGUACCUACCGUACGGUGGCUUCUUGUCAAAAUUUUAUGUAGAGGACAAACACAACUUCACUUAUGCUGAGAUUCACAGCAGCCACUGGGGCGUGUGUGCACCAGACACUGUUCUCAGUCCUCAGUUUGUAGUUUAUGUCCAUGGGAUUACAAUUUUUAUCCUGCCCUUACUUUUCUUAAUGGCAAUUUACUUUGCCCUGUUAUGCACAAAGUUAAAAAAGGCCCUUAUUAAUCACGAUGAAACAAAAAAGCACAAGUCCCAUCUGGUCCAUUUCAUAGCCUUUUCCAUUUGUCUUUUAGUUCUGCUUUGCCUGCCUCUCUACGUUAUUGAGGCCCUCUUGCUUUUCACUCCUGAUACUCAUCUGCCUCCUUGGACCUGUGCAGUUGCCUUGUUCUUCUUUCAGCUGUACAGUCUCGUACCGCCUAUCCUCUUCACCCCUCCAAGGAAACGAGCAGGAGAGGAGCAGGUAUCCCUCCCUCUUGCUGUUCCCAACCUUACAGCAGCAGUAGUCCUUUCCAAAGGAAAAUCUGUCCGCAUGGCACUGCGUGAGGUAGUUCAGUCAGCUCCGUGGUCUUCAGCCAAACACUCUCUUAAAGCCAAAGUGUGCCCAGAGGUCUAA